AUUAAUGGCACUGAUGAGGAAGAGACACCUUAUGAAGUUAUGUUACUUUAUCAUAAAAAUGGUUUAAACCUCUAAAAGUCCAACACCAAUUAGAAACUAUUCCCUUAAAGUUUUACCGUCAUAAGUAGUUGAGGGUGUUUUCCUGCAACCAUUUCUUCUUGGUUGAUGGGUGAAGUUGCUGGUAUCCCCAGCAGAAGGGUAGUGUUGGAAUAUUAACCUUUGAAGAAGUGGCAGAAAGGUUUUUGAGAGCCUUACUUGUGGUCCGUAACUGCUGAUGGCAACUGCUCAGUGGUCACAGGAACUACCAUCCAAAGUCGCCACUUAACUUUCCUCUUCCCUUAACUUCCAUUCCUUCCAUCUUCCUCGUCUGUUUAUUACAAAUGCAAUAAGAGGAGAAAGAACAAAGCUUAAGCAAUGGAACUGAACAAUCAUUUUCUUUUAUGCCGAGUUUUAAAAUUUUAUGAAGUCUUAUGCUGAAGCCUGGCGAACUGAAUCAAGCUUGUGAUCUCAUGGUUGUGCUGAAGGAAUUUGACUUUGAUAAGCGGUAUUAAUCUUUUACUUUCCGUGGGAGACUGAGAAACGAUGCCAAGCCAGCUAUGGUUUUCACUGCCAAUGAUUUACAAGAAUGGAAAGAUUUUCCCAAAGGACUCAAGGUUCUUCUUCUUGAGGGAGACAGCAUUUCUGCUGCCGAGAUAAGAGCAAAGCUUGAAGCCAUGGACUAUAAUGUUUCUACAUUCUGCGAUGAGAAUGAAGCCUUGUCAGCAAUCUCAAGUAGACCUGAAAGCUUCCACAUUGCCAUAGUAGAGGUGAGUUCGAGCAGUAGCCAGGGAGGUUUCAAAUUUCUUGAGAAUGCCAAGGACUUGCCAACAAUUAUGACUUCUAACAACCAUUGCCUGAACACCAUGAUGAAGUGCAUAGCGCUUGGUGCAGUUGAGUUCCUCAGCAAACCACUCUCUGAGGACAAGCUCAGAAAUAUCUGGCAGCAUGUGGUUCACAAGGCAUUCAGUUCUGGGACAAGUAUCCUGUGUGAAUCACUUAAACCUGUCAAGGAAUCUCUAGUGACUAUGUUGCAGCUCCCAACAGACAAUGAACAACAUGAAAGUAGAGUAUCCAUUGAUAUAGAGAAAGUAUCCAAGUUUACUGAUAAUGAUGAUGUACUGUCUCCUGGAAAUGAUAAAUAUCCAGCUCCUUCAACCCCACAAUUGAUGCAUGGGACAAGAUUGUUAGACGAUGGUGAUUGCCAAGAGCAGACUAAUUGCUCCACAGAAAAAGAAAGUGGGGAACAUGAUGGAGAAUCUAAAUCUGUCGAAACUACAUGUGGAAAUUUGAAUGCUGAAACUGAAAGUACUCCUCAAGAAAGGAAAUCUGAUAUGACUUUACCUAGGGAGGAAGUGAAUUUAGUUGACGAUUCCAAGGUUGAGAGUAUUGCCUCUCAACAUACACAAAAAAGAAAGGUUCUAAGCAACCCUGACAAAAAUACAAAAUCUGCAAAUAAAGUAGGCAUUCUUAGUGAUUCUUGCGAGAUAAAGCCAAGUCGAAAGAAGAUGAAAGUAGACUGGACGCCUGAGCUGCACAAAAAAUUUGUGAAGGCAGUUGAGCAACUAAGCAUUGAUCAAGCCAUUCCUUCAAGAAUAUUAGAAUUAAUGAAAGUGGAGGGCUUGACAAGGCAUAAUGUGGCAAGCCAUCUUCAGAAGUACAGAAUGCAUAGGAGACAAAUCUUUCCCAAGGAAGAAGAUCGGAAAUGGUUGAAUCAAAGAGAAAGGAGCUAUUGUGUUCAAAGACCAAUUAUGGCCUUUCCUCCAUAUCAUUCUAAUCGCACCCAUCCUAUGGCUCCUAUAUAUCCUAUGUGGGGACAACCUAGCACUCAAACGGCUGGCAUGCAUAUUUGGAGCACUCCUGGUUAUCCCUUGUGGCAGCCUACUGCUGAACAUUGGCACUGGAAACCGUUUCCAGGGAUGCAUGCAGAUGCAUGGGGCUGUCCAGUGUUACCGGUAGCACCUCCUCAAGCUCCUUUUCCCUGCUCUAAGAAUAUGCCUGCAUUGCUCAAUGCCGAUGCAACAGGUCACACGUUUACCAUGCCACAAAGUUCCUUAGAGCAUUAUCCGGCAGAGGAGGUUGUUGACAAGGUUGUGAAAGAGGCAGUAAGCAAACCAUGGCUACCCUUGCCUUUGGGCCUGAAACCCCCUUCGACAGACAGUGUGUUGGCUGAGUUAUCAAGACAAGGAAUUUGCAGCAUCCCUCCUAGGAGCAGCAAGGGUUGAAAUUGAGAGUGACAUUAAUGCAUGCACCAAGAGUUGUUCUGAUGGUGACCAACCAAAAAGGUGGUCCACCUGAUCAAUAACACCCUGUAGCAAUUAUUUUUGUUUUCCUAAGUGUAAUGAGGUUCCAACAAAGAGUUGUUGUUGGGACUAUUUUGUUUUACCUUAUUUGGUCCCAUCACCACCCCACCAACCAAUUUUAGGUCUCUCCUAUUCCGCUGUCUGGUUACAGAUUCCAUGAUGAAAACCAACAAGUAGACUUUGUUUGUUCCUAUCCAAAGCCACAUGCCAAAACAAGGUAACAGGUAAUAAAUGAAGAGAAAAGUCGGGUGCUUUAAUGCAGUGGUGAACACCCGAUAGGCAACAUGGGCGGUGCAGAAUUUGCCACGCAUCCAUUGAUGCUCUCUUCAAAACUUGUGGUUGUAAAUACAUGAUGAGCAUAACCUUGUGACUGGGAUAUCAAUUGUUCUGAAUGUGGUACUUUUGGGGGCAUAAAGUGUACCCAUAACAGUGAUUUUCUAUGAGGGGUGGGGGUCUGUGGGAUGCUUAAUAAUGAUGAAGAUGAUGAUGGGGUACACGUCGUGAAUAAAGUUCUGAUUUUUACCAAAUUUGAAUCGACUUAUCCUAAGUCGCA